UCCUCGGUCGAUCCGUCGACCCUAACUCCGGAAUAUGUGGCCACGAAUGAGGCGCCCGAAGUGCUCCGAAUUCUGACCGUCAUGACUGCUAUUUCUACUCUCUUUUGCGGGUUGCGCAUCGCAACUCGCUACCACCGGUCUGUCGAGAGCAUAGGUCUCGACGACUGGCUUUUGGUUGCUGCCGUUGGUCUCUAUGUAGGCGGAUUUAUCUAUCCGACCGUUAUUGCGACGAUCAAGGCCAGCGUCCUGGCCAUGUACUAUCGCAUCUUCCCCACCAAAUUCAUCAAAACGGGCGUCAUCUGCCUGGGAGUCUUCACAGCCGCCUGGUGGGUUGCCGUCGUGCUGGUGACCAUCUUCCAAUGCAACCCCAUCUCCGCAGCCUGGGUUCUCGAGCUACAGCCCUCUGUAAACCCUACCUCCAAGUGCAUCAACAACAACGCCUUUUUCAUUGGAAAUGCCGUGCCGAACAUCUUCACAGACCUGUGUAUCAUGUUGCUCCCCCUGCGAGAGGUCUACAAGCUGCAUAUCAGGACAUCACAGAAGAUUGCACUGGGUGGUGUUUUUCUGCUGGGCAUCAUGGUUAUCGUGAGCAGCACUCUCAAGCUCAAUGUGACUGUGCAGCUGUUCAGCGAGGAACAUGCCGACUAUACUUACGGUCUGAAGGACUUCAUUAUCUGGGCUAUGGUUGAGACCGCCGUGGGCAUUAUCUCUGCUUCGUUGCCUCCACUCCGCCCUCUCCUCAAUGCAGGACUACGCACACUCGGAAUUUCUCGAAACACCUCCAAGAACCGGAGUGGCAGGACAGACCUUGUGACUAUCGGCGGUGGUAGCGCCAAGAAGUCGUCCAAG